CACACACCACAUAUCAUCCACCCAGGAUCAGUCAGUCCUUGUGUUCCUCCGCUCGGACAGCUCCGUGCACUUUGCGCCUCCUUCCUCUUUUGUCAAACGGUGCCGCGAGUCCGCAAGACGGCGUGAGAGCAAGAGACUAACAAGCCGGACUAACCGCAGCGACACUCAACAUACACAACACGAUCCACCAAAAAACAACAACAACGAAAAACAGGUUCCAUCGGUUCACUGGGAAUCCGAAGAAGUGGGUUCGCGGCGGACACUCUUGCUGUGGGCAUCGAUCGCCUGUCCUCCUGUCGAGGGAACCGACCGAUCACCGCCAGUUCACUGCAGCGACGACGCGGCUCCAGCGAACCGCCACGGCCGGUCACCGGAGAGCGCAAUUGCGCACUGUGGUGCAGCCUUUUGUGGAGGUCCCCUCGCAAAGUUAGGGGCCAGAAGGAAGACGCGAUAGGAGGCAAGCGAGCCGACCCUUUCCAGUGCCGCUCUCCGGGCAAUGCCACUGUGAAUGCCAGGGCAAUGUCCCGUCGCAAGCAGGGGAACCCACAGCACGUGUCUCAGAGAGAAAUAGCACCGGAGUCUGAGCAUGCAGACUGCGGAGGAGGAGGAGGCGGCGUUGGUGGGGGCGGUGGAGGCCUUCUCGUUGGCCCCCUCCCAAACCACCUUAACCACCACCACCACAACAACCACCACCACCACCACCACCACCCCCCCACGCCCGGCCCGCACCUGGGCCUGCCCCACCCGCUGGACCCCAGCCUGGCCCACGGCGGCCUGCCCCCGGGGCUCCGCGUGGACCACGACCUGCUGACCUGCGGCCAGUGCCAGUCCACCUUCCCCCUGCGGGACAUCGUCCUCUUCAUCGAGCACAAGAAGAAGCAGUGCCAGGCGGGGCCGCCGCCCAUCGCCAACGGCUGCUUCGACAAGAUGCAGCAGCCGCCGCCGCCGCCCCAUCACAGCCACCGGCCCGCCUCGCACCUCACCGGACCCCCGGGCGCGCUGAGGAAGGCGGCGGAGCCGGUGGAGGUGGGCGUCCAGGCCACAGACCCUCAGAGGUAA